UCUCUCUCUCUAGCUGUUAAUCCGCCUCUCUCUCCCUCUCUCUCUCUCUCUCUCUGCAGUCAUCAUGGCGGAAAUUAAAACUGGAAUCUUCGCUAAAAACGUACAGAAACGACUGAACCGAGCGCAGGAGAAGGUGCUGCAGAAACUGGGAAAAGCAGACGAGACCAAAGAUGAGCAGUUUGAACAAGUGGUCAUUAACUUCAGAAGACAGGAGUCUGAAGGCUCUCGGCUGCAAAGGGAGAUGAAGUCCUACUUGUCUGCUGUUAAAGGGAUGCAGCAGGCUUCCAUCAACCUGACACAGUCUCUGCAUGAAGUCUACGAACCAGACUGGCAUGGAAAAGAUGAUGUCAUGAUCAUUGGGAAGGACUGUGAUGCAUUGUGGGAAGACUUCCAUAACAAACUGGUGGACUCAACUCUGCUGAACCUGGAUGCGUACCUGCAACAGUUUCCAGACCUCAAAACUCGUGUGGCCAAACGAAGUCGGAAACUUAUCGACUAUGAUAGUGCUCGUCAUCAUGUUGAAACUCUACAGGUGUCGGGGAUGAAGAACGAUCGCAAGAUGAUGAAGGCUGAAGAUGAGUUGAAAAAGGCUCAGAGAGUGUUUGAUGAGUUGAAUGUUGGUCUGCAGAAUGAACUGCCAACUCUUUGGGACAGCCGGGUUGGCUUCUACAUCAGCACCUUUAAGAGUGUGACAAAUCUGGAGGCUAAAUUUCACCGCGAAAUCUCUCUGGUAUGUAGGCAGCUGUACGAGGUGAUGACCAAAGUGGGCGAGCAGCACUCUGAUAAAAUGUUCACCAUUCAAGGAGCACCGAGUGAUUCAGGACCACUGCGACUUGCCAGAACCCCGUCACCACCAGAAGAUGAGAGUCCACCGGAGAGUCCAGAUGCUAGCACCAAUCACAUGCUCCGCCCCAUCUCACCUGGACCACCACGGCCCAAAUCCCCUACACAGCUUAAAAAGGGACCACCGGUGCCCCCACCACCAAAGGUCACACCGACCAAGGAGGUGGCAGAGGAGCAGAUCAUCGACCUUUUUGGAGGAGAGUUUCUGCCAGCACCUUCACCCUCACAGCCCAACGAACGACCAGGAGAAUCCCUUCUCGACUUGGACUUUGACGCUUUUCAGCCAGACGAAAGUGUUUCACCGAUACCACAGACAGCUGUACCUUGGGAUAUGUGGUCGGCAAACGCCCAAACAGCUCAGCCUGCUGCAGAUGACGGCUUCGUCGCCGACUGGUCUGCUGACUUUGGUUCAUUGUCAUCUAAUGGAGAUGCUACUUCAGGAGCCGAGGCUGCUGCUGUAGGGCCGGAGGGGACACAGGGUGGGGCACAGGGUGGGGCUCAGGGCUGGCCCCAGGCAGACGGCUGGCAGCCAGGUGAAGACACAACUACACCUCCUCAGGACAGUGAGACAGCCACAGCAGCUCAAGUUGAGGUGACCGAUGCAUUUAAUGGAUUUUCACAGGAUGCCACCCCCCCAUCAUUUUUUGCUGAUUUUGAUAAGAUGAACAAAGUUGAUGCUGAACCAAUUGAGGUACCUGAAGCCUCAGAGACAGAACCUGCUGAGAAACAAGACAAUCCUCCAGUUUCCCCUCCUGGUGAGGAACCUCCGGCUCCCCCUGCUGCCAGUGUACCUGAAACUCCCCCUGCUGGAGGAGAGGCAAGCGAACAUCCAGCUUCUCCUGCUGCAGAAGAGGUGGAAGAACCUGUAGCUGCCCCUGCUGGUGAGGAAGAUACAGCAGAAUGUCCUGGCAGCAUGAUGGAGGAGAAUGCUUCAACUGUUGGAUCUCCAGGCUCUGAAAAGGCAGAGCUUGGUGAGAUUCCCACUGCUGAUGAAGCCACCACAUCUCCAGGUGAAGCAGCCCCAUCGGAAAAGAUGCCGAUCCCCUCGGUUGUGAUUGAGCCUGCCUCCAGUAAUGAGGGUGAUGACGAUCGAGAUGCUGACAUCAUCUCUCCCACCGCAAUCAGUGACAAUGGUGUGACAGCUGAGAACCAGACCAUAAAACAUAUGAGUCCAUCUAGUGGAGUGUCAGGACUCCCUGAUGGCUUUCUCUACAAGGUAGAGACAAUGCAUGACUUUGAGGCUGCAAAUGCAGAUGAGCUUGAACUGAAGAGAGGAGAUGUGGUGUUGGUGGUUCCCACUGCUUCAGUAGAGGAUCAGGAUGCCGGCUGGCUGACAGGAAUCAAAGAAAGUGACUGGUUAACACAUGGAGUUGGUGCUCAAAAAGGACUUUUUCCAGAAAACUUUAUUCAGCAUUUGGAGUAAUAAGUCUCUUCAGCUAACAAGUUUAAGACAUUGGUGUCCGAGCUGUCCAGUCAGCAUGUAGCCAACCCUUGCAAACACCUUAUAACUUGCUGCAGCUGGACAGCACAAAGCUUUUCUCUGGUAGAUGAAAUUCUGUUGAAAGUAUAAUUCAUGAUAAUGAAAACUAGUACUAUUAUAAUAUCUGAAAUUAAUAAGCAUGAUGUGAUAGUACGGUCUACCCCUCUCUUGAACUGAGACAUGUUUUUUGUUGUUGUUGUUGAAAGAAAAAAAUGUAUGAUUUAUUGGAAAUGUCCACACCUAUAGAAAGAAGAAAAAAUGUUGCAGAAGAAAACAAACCAAAAAGAAAAGAAAAACUCUACCUUCUUUGCACCGGGUGUGUGGUCCUGGUUUUGUUGCUCUGCUGUGGAAUAUACCAGAAUCUGUAGUGCUGUGAUCAUUUUAAAUGUUCUUGAGUGUAACAUGAAACUUUUCAGUUUAAUUUGUUUUCAGAUACAUCAUUACUAUUACCCUUGAGUCACUGUUAGUGUAUUUCUGUAAUAUCACGUUUGAGUGUGUGUGGUGAUGUUUUCUUUGGCAGAUGUAAUAAUGAAUUAACUCAUGGAUGAGUGUUAGUGUUUUUGCCAAAAUAAUCUUGAUAUUCAUUACCUGAGAAUUGGUAAAGAAUCCAGUCCACAUCCAGCAUGAACAAGUUUUCAAAGGUGAAAAAAAUAAAGUCUAUCCCACGAUUGAAACAUCAUUGUGUAGCUGUAUAAGUCACGUUUAAUGAAGAGUAUAUUUGCAAGAAAUGGAUCCAAUCAGACAUCUAAAGGUUACCAGUUGUUCAUUCACAAGUGUAUGAUCACAGGGAUGGUGUGAAAAAAUAUGAUAUGCAAUCAAUGUUGUUGGUAUAUUUAAAGUCUCCAUAGUUAAACAGAU